UUUCUCGGCCGACAUCAUGGAGGAGUGUGCCAUAGACAGCGAGACCAUGAUUCGGCUGGUACAGGAGAAGCGAUUCCUGUACGACAUGCAGGAUCCGCAGUACAAGAACAGGAGAAUCGGGCAGCGGGCCUAGGAAGACAUUAGAAAAAUGAUAUGGCCAGAAUGGAAUAGUAAGUCAAAGCAAGUGAAAGAGGCAAAAGUCAAUAUCCUGAAAUCAAAAUGGAAGAGCCUCAAGGAUGCCUUCAUGCGGCACAGUCGCAAGGAGCGGGAGUACAGAAGCCGAGCUGCUGCAAUGGCCCCAUCCAGCUACGUUCAUUCUGAGCAACUGGCUUUUCUAGUGCCCUGCACAGAAAUGCGUAGCACUGACAGUAGCUGGAAGGCUACAGAGAGGCAGGAUGAGGAGGAUGAGGAGGCCACCAGGGGAAGUGACGCCUGUGUCUCUACUGGGCCUGAAAGUACACAACCACUAAAUCCCACCACACCAUCAUCAACCCCCACACCUACUGCCCCACCUGCCCAGGAACCGACCAGUGGUAGGGCAAUUACCAGAUCAUGGAGAAAGAGGCCGGAACGAGAAGAGGACCGGCUGAUUGAUUGCAUGGAUGCCAUGGCCCAUCCGGCUCCCAGGCUCUCGUGCGAGGCCCUUUUCCUCCUCAGCUUGGAGGAAAAAAUGAAAAAGGUGCCCAGUAGUCGACAGACUGAAGUACGGGACGCAAUCACACGCUGUAUUGACUCCUUCAUUCCACCUGAUGGUACCACACAUCAGACUAUUGCGCCUCUACAUGCAACACCCAUGCACACACACACGCCCCAAACAUAACAACAAACACCCAUGCAACACCAUCACUACACAUGGCAGCCACGCACACAUUCAUCCUAUGGUUAUGCCUCCCCCCACCUGGGGCACAGCACCACCACCACCAAAAAUGCAGAUUGGUGCCCGCUCAUGUGGAAUGAGGGAGGAAUUGCAGGAGGACGCGCCAAACUUUGCGUUCUCACAAUACCAAAACUUGUGAGUUAGAUCUUUCACUCUAGGCACCUUUUUCAUUUUGGCCUCCAGGGUGUUUAACAACGUUGAGGAGGAAAAAUGCCGUGCACCAUGUCUUUGUUUCGUAGAAAAUAUU